UAACAACACCCUACUCGCAACUCACGAAUAUCUGGUCAGCGAGAAGAAGCAAAAGGGUGCGGUUCGCCAUGAGUCAUAUAUCAAACAGCACAACACUAGAAGUCGUCAGACGGAAAAGCGAGAAAUCCGAUCGUGGAUGACAGGGACGGAGGAAUGGACGAUGACGGAGGAAUGA